CAGAUGUAGAAGACACUGUAACUACAUUACCUCGUCCAGUUGAUAAAUCGAUGAUGGUUCGAUUGCAAUUGAAACGACGUCUAAAAUACAAAGCUGUAUGGGAAGAACAAUUAAUAAAUCCAAAUGAUGUAAGAGAUGCACUAUUUGUUUUAACUAAGAUGCAUCCAGGAUAUAAAAGUAUAAAGAUAAAUGAUAUUCAUGAAAAUUAUCUUACAUCUGAUCAAGAAAAAAACUAUGACAAUAACAUUGAGUUAGUAGUUGAACCAAUGGAUGUUGACAACAUAUCAGAAGAAACUGUCAUUGAACAAACAGAAGUAUCUAAUGAAAAUAGUCUAAAAAGAUUAGCUUUGGGUGAUAUUGAUAAUACUAUUGAUAGUGAUGAAGAAAUCAAUGAAGAUGAUAAAGAUAUUCGUACUAAAUAUAAUAUUGGUACAGAUUCAUGUACUCAACCAUGUGAUUUUAAUGAUUUUUUAGUGUUUGAUAAAGAACCAUGCGUAGUGGCACCAGCUGAAAAAAAUAAAUUAAGUUCAUUAUUAACAGAUAAAAAAAUUGAAGCAUUAGCCUUUCCUCAUUUAUUUCCAGAUGGUCAAGGCUCAUAUGACGAAGAUCGUCAAACAAUUCUUAGAUGGAAAGAAUAUUGUAAAGCACGUUUAUUUUCAUCAGAUUCUCGUUUUGCUUCAGAUUCAAGUUACAUCUUUUAUCUACAGUAUUUAGGUGACUUGAAACAAGUAUACUCCGGAAUUAAUAUUGCUUUCCGAAAAAAAUUACCAAUGAAUGCUAAACAAAGCUUAGAUGAAAUGCAAAUGAAAUUUCUUAUGAAAAAAGAUAUGAUAUAUCGUCAUUUGCAAUGUGUUCGUGGUAGUCCACAAUACUGGUAUAAACGUUUAAAAGACUUAUUCGGAAUGACACGUCAACUAGGUUUUCCAACCUUUUUUCUUACACUAUCAUGUGCUGAUCUACGUUGGAAAGAAUUCACUGAUACUUUUGUACGUCACACUGGAGCUCCAAUAAAAGAAUCAUAUACAUUUAAAGAAAAAACAAAGCUUUUACGUGCGAAUCCUGUUCUAGCUGCACGUUUGUUUGAAAAACGAUUUAAUACAUUUAUGAAUUUAUUUAUUAAAGGUGGAGCAUCGUGCCUAGGCAUUGUAGAAGACUGGUUUGCUCGUAUAGAAAUGCAAAUGCGAGGUUCACCACAUUCUCACAUGCCACUUUGGGUAAAAGGUGCACCUGUUUACAUUGGAUUACAAACCGAUGAAAAAACUCGUGAGGAAAUCGUUAAAUUUUGUGACAAAUAUAUUACGACACGAUUCCCAUCAUUAGAAGAAGAUCCAAUAUUACACUAUCUUGUCAAAGAAUUACAGACUCAUUCUCGUAACCAUUCAAAGUCCUGUUUAAAAUUUUAUAAAAUGUUGUGCCGUUUUGGAUUUCCUCGGCCUGUUGCUCGACGGACAUUCAUUUGUGAACCAUUAAAAGCUGAGAAUGAUGAUGAUAAACAAAAAUUUAAAAGAAUGAAAGAAAUUCUUACUGAAAUGAAUGCAACGAUGAAUAAAUUAGAAAAAGAAAAAAUUUUGUCAUGGUCGGAUUUUGAUAAUCUUCUAGCAAAGUAUAAUUGGACCUAUGAGGAUUACGAAUGUGCUCUUCGUGUUGUUCAUACUAGAACGACCAUGAUUCAUAAAAGAGAACCUAAUGCACGAUGGGUUAAUCAAUAUAAUGAAGAAAUAUUGAGAACAUGGAAUGCUAAUAUGGAUAUUCAAUUCGUACUUGAUCCAUAUGCUUGUGCAAAAUAUCUUAUGUCAUAUACAACAAAACCAGAACGAGAAAUGAGUUUAUUAUUAGAAGCAACUCAUAAAGAAUGUCGUGAAGGAAAUAUGUCCGUUCGAGAAGAAAUGAAAAAAUUAACAGGUACAUUUUUUAAUCAUCGACAAGUCAGUGUACAGGAGGCUAUUUACCGUGCAACUAAAAUGCCACUAACAUAUUCAAGUCGAGGUUUUGUUUUUGUACCAGCACAUUCAAAUAGUUGUAAAUUUUUAAAAUCACAAAAUAUAUUAAAAGAAUUGGAUCCAGAUGACGAAAAUAUUUAUAUGUCUAACUUAGCUGACAAAUAUUUUGAUAGACCAGAAGAACCGGAAUUCGAUAUUUGUAUGGCAGAUUUUGCUUCUGAAUAUGAAAUCAUACCGAUUAAUAAGAACAUUAAAAAUCCAAAGACUCCAAUUAAACGAUUACAAACAUUGAAUUUUGCUAUUAAAAAACGUUGUAAUCGUAGUGCUAUUAUACGGUAUCCAUAUUUUAAUCGAGAAACAGAUAGAGAAAAUUAUUUUGAAAAUCUUCUUUCUCUCUAUUUACCGAUAAGAAGUCGAAGUGAAUUGAAAAAACCUUAUGAAUUGUUUUAUGAAAUAGGUGAAAUAUUUGAUGCUCGACAACAAUGUAUAAAAAAGGUAAAAGAAGUUGUCAAUGAAAAUCGAAAAAAAUAUGAAGCUCAUUGGAAAGAAACAGAUGAAGCGGAAUCAUUAUUUAAUCAAUUAUCCGUAGAUAUGAAAGACAACGAAUGGGCUGAAAUUGUUGCUAAUAAAGAAAAGGAUAAUAUAUGGUCAGGAGAUAUUGAACGCGAAGAUAAUCCCGAUUUUAAUAUUAUUCAUAAAAGAAAAAAUAAAAAUACGUUCAUUGACUUGAAGCAAACUUUUGCUACUACAGAUGAAAUAAGACCCUUCUUAGAAUC